AUGGCCUCCGCAACUGCAAAGGCGAAAACGAAAGCGCCAGCGCUCUCAGAUCAGGAAAUCCAGCAGAAUUAUAUCAGAUUGCAGAAUGAGCUGCAGGCUUUUGCAAGGAAAAUUGGCGAGCUGGAAUCAGAGGCGGACGAGCAUACUCUCGUCCUAUCCACGUUGGACGAAGCGCUCGCUGAGGACCCCGAUCGAAAGUGCUUUCGUCUCAUCGGCGGUGUUCUGGUGGAACGGACAGUGAAGGAAGUCAAUCCUGCACUGAAAACGAACAGGGACGGGAUACACAAAGUAAUCGCGACCUUGGCGGAGCAGUAUAAGACCAAAGAGAAAGAGCUUGAUUCGUUCAAGAAAAACUACAAUAUUCGACCCGUCCAGGCAUAA